UUUUUUUAUGGUGUGAAAAAGGAAAGAAGCACACCAUCAUCAUCGCCCCCAAACCUCCAUAUCUUCAGUUUAACGCAUCUUCCAUGUCCCAUUAGUGCUGCCCCAUAGAGACAGGGGGAGGAGUAGAUACAUACGGUAACAAAAAAUUCAUUCACGUGAUGAAUAUAUAAAUAUAAAGUAAAGAAAAAGAAAGAAAGCAAUGGAUGCGUACAGCAGAAGGUCAUCAUCAUCAACAGCAGCAGCAACAAGAAGCCCGGGAGGAGUCAAUAGCAACAAGCCCACUGGCAGUUGCAGUGUGGUAGCUGCAGGCUCUGUGUGGGAGACCAGAAUGAGGAGUGAUGAAGUCAAAGGCGGAAUCAAGGUCUUCAAUGGCGGAGAACCAGAAGCAGAUCAUAAUAAUCAGAACAAUGCAGUGCCUGGCAGUCCAAUGCCAAAGGGGACUGACAAGAGGACUGCCGGCCCGUUGAUUAAUAAUGGAGGAGGGAAGAGGAAGAACUGGAAAUCCGAUCAGAGCUCCGGCGAUGGCCCCACUGCUCCAAUUUCAAGAUCGAGGAGUGAUCAAUUGUCUGUCAAUGAGAAGGGCCCCGCAGUUCAGGCCAAUAAAGGGAAGAAGGAGGUGGCUAAGAAGAGCCCAAUUCAGGGGAGGAAGCUCAGAUCUGAAACCGCAAGGACUUUGCCUGAAUUGAGGAAGGUGAAGUCAGAAUCCGGUAAGGGCAAGGUCGGAGAUGGAGAUGGAGAUGGGGAUGGAGAUGGAGGAGGGGGUAAUUCUACUUCUGGUUCGGCCCAGCUUAGGAAAGCGAAAUCGCAGCCCGAGAAUUUUGAGUAUGAAGCCGCUGAGAAAGGGGAGGUGGAGAGUGGAUCUGAUGGGGUGUGCAAGGAGCUCGAGGUUUGUGAAGAUAAGGUCAUUACCAGCAGUUUGGAUCAGGAGGACCCAGAAUUGCCCAGAAAGCAGAGCACAGAGAUUGAUGAAGAAGAGUACACUGAAGAUGAGGAGGAAGAGGAAAAUGAAGAUGAAGAGAAGGAGGAAGAGGAAAAUAAAAUUAUGGGUGAAGAGAUUGAGGAUGAUAGCUCGGAGGUAAUCAAAGAGAUCACCAUGGCUGAGCCAUGUCAAGAACCGGAGAAUGCGGCCACUGUCGCUGAACAGCGGAAGGAAUCGGUGGACAUUGAACAACCAAAACCCAUAUUGUCUGCAAACGCGAUGAAGAAGCUCGAGAUCAAAGAGAAACAGAAGGCCAUUGUCAUCUCCACCAAUGUUAAUAGACGAGCUCCUCGUCCUGCUGCUGCUGCUGCUCCUCCUCCUCCUCCCACUGAAGCAAUCAAGCACACUACGACCACCAGCAACAGCAACAGCAACAGAGUUCACAAGAACAUUGCCAGUCCCACUCCAAGCAAGCCUGUGAUUACUAAUGUCCAUAGAACUUCCACUGUUCAUCAGGAUUAUGCCAAGCCCACUGCUUCCUAUGAACACGAGAGGUUCCCUGAAACCCAGAACGAAUUGCGGAAUUUGGUGGAUUUGGUGAUGUGGAGAGAUGUAUCGAGAUCAGCAUUUGUCUUUGGAAUUGGUACUUUCGCCAUAAUUUCAUCUUCCUACACCAGAGACAUCAAUAUCAGCUUCAUUACCGUGAUUUCCUACAUGGGGUUGGUGUAUCUUGCCGCAAUUUUCCUGUACAGAUCCAUCAUUUGCAGGGGUUACGUAGAUAUGCGAAAAACAGGAAAUGUUGUGGGAGAGGAGGAAGCAGUUUGGUUGCUAAAACUGGUGCUUCCAUACUUAAACGAGUUCCUUUUGAAGGUCAGGGCCCUCUUUUCAGGAGAUCCUGCCACUACCAUGAAGCUGGCAGUGCUGCUCUUCGUUACGGCCAGGUGUGGUAGCUCCAUAACGAUCUGGAAGAUGGCCAAAUUGGGCUUUUUCGGAGUAUUCACAGUACCAAAAAUCUGCUCUUCAUACUCCACUCAGAUCUCUGCAUACGGCAAGUUUUGGGUUCGGCGAUUCCGGGAUGCUUGGGAUUCCUGCUCUCACAAGAAAGCGGUGGCAUUCUCGAUCUUCACUCUCGUGUGGAACCUGUCUUCGGUUGUCGCCAGAAUCUGGGCAGCAUUCAUGUUGUUCGUGGCCUUCAGAUACUAUCAGCAAUCUCUAGUGCAGCCAGAUGACUGGGAAAAGGACGACGGAGGAGCGGAGGCCACGUGGCAUGGCCGAGCUGGUGGGCCCAGAAGAGGCCGUGGGCCCACAAUUGUCGAACCCACAAAGGAAAAGAAGGCAUCCGAAGUAUAAUUCUUAUAUAAAUGAGAGCAAUAAUAUUGUCCACUCCUGCCCAAUUAAAACUAAAAUCUUCUCGUCUUAGCCCAAAAAAAAAAAAACAACUAAAAUCUUCUCGUGUGUUCAUUUGAAUGUGACGUGUCAUGUUUUGUAAUGAGCCCUCUCUCUUCAUUUCUUUUAUAUCUAUAUAUAUAUAAUUUUAUUUUUUAAUUAA